AUGUCCAAAGGCGCCCCGCUGGUCGGGGACUUCUUCAAAUUCGCGACCGGGUCCACGCAGUACACCGUGAGACUGGUGGACGAGCUGGGGCCCGUCUUUCGAUCGAAAUUUUUUGGGCUGAACUUCGUGUUCAUCUCUGGGGAGGACAACCUGAGGCGGGUGCUGCAGGAGGAGGCGGACCUGCUGGAGAUGGUGGUGAGCAAGGCGCAGCGAUUCCUGAUGGGGCCCAGCAGCCUGGGGGUGCUGGACGGGGCCGAGCAUGCGCGGGUGCGGAGGCUCACCUACCCCAGCUUCACCACGGAUGCGCUCAGCACGCACAUCCCGGACAUUCAGGCAGUAGCAAUGGACUUCUUUUGCAAGUGGGCCAAACAGCCAUCGAUGAAAUUUUCAGAGGAGGUGAAGCGGUUCACGUUAUGUGUCAUCAGCGAUGCUAUCAUUGGGUUGGAUAUGGCUCUCGGGGAAGACCAGCUGGUGAAGGACUUCCAGAGCUACUUUAAUGGCAUGUUUUCCUUUGGCAUCAAUCUGGGGCCACUCACGGCAUACGGCAGGGCGGUGGGUGCAAAGGCGCGACUGCUGCAGUCUGUGAAUCAGGGACUAGAGGAAGGGAAGCGGGAGUCAGAAGCAAAUCAAGGAGGGCACGGGGCCCCCAAACUGCUGGAGAAACUGCAGGAGUUUCAAGAUGCAGAGACGGGCGAGCAGCUCACUGAGGACGAAGUACGCGACCACGUGCUGUUCCUGAUGCUUGCGGGCUACAACACGACCGCCAACACCCUCACCCACCUCAUGCUCCAGCUUGGGCGCAAUCCCCAGGUACUGGCGAGGCUUCGGGAGGAGCAGGCAGCCGUGAUGGCCGCCCAUGGCCCUCAUGUGGGCCCAAAGGCCCUGAAGGCAAUGACGUACACGGAGGCCUGCGUCAAGGAGGCACUGAGGGUGAAACCCCCCGUUUUUUUUCCGCUGCGCAAGGUGGCGAGGGAGUUUGAAAUUGAGGGCGUGAGGGUGCCCGUCGGGUGGACGGCUUUCCCGCUGAUCGGCCACGCCACGCAGUUCGAGGACAGCAGGUGGACUGGACAGCAAGACGCCUACAACCCCAACAGGUUCCUCACGGAGGAGAGUGGCAGGCCGGGAGCGUGGAUGCCCUUCGGCCUGGGUCCCCACGCGUGCCUGGGUCGUAACGUGGCAAUCAUGGUGUCUAAGAUAUUUCUGGCCACUCUGGCCAGAUAUUUCGACAUGUCAAUCGAGAAUCUGUACCCAGAAUUUGGCUUGCCUCCGUCAAAUGAGCCGAAAGACGGUUUGCCAGUCGCCAUCGCGCGUCACGUCGUCGAGUGA